AUGACAAAUUACAACUCCCCGCGUCCCAGAACCAUGAAGGGCGUCAUGUGGGAGGGAAAGCCGUACGAGAUGGCCGUCCACCACGACAUCCCCGUCCCGCGCAUCACGGAGCCGGAGGACGCCGUCAUCCGCAUCACGACCUCGGGCCUCUGCGGGACCGACUUGCACGCCUACCACGGCUUCUUCGCCAGCAGCGAGGUCCCCUCCGCAAUGGGCCACGAGGCCGUCGGUAUCGUCGAGGAGAUCGGCGACGCCGUCGACAGCUUCAAGGUGGGCGACCGCGUCGUCGUCGGAUUGCCCCGGGACGGCUACGUGGAUUCCCGGAAUCACUUGCAGCUUGAGCUCGUCUCCUUUGGUUUCGGUCCGGACUUUGGGAACCUGGGUGGUCUGCAGACCGAAUACGUUCGCGUCCCUCACGCGGACAGCUCCCUUUUCAAAAUCCCCAAGAAACUAGCAGACAAGGAAUGGCUCCCCAUCGGCGACAUCUUCCCCACCGGCUGGGAGGGCCUCACCUGGUCCGGCUUCCAGGCGGGCGACAUCGUGUGCGUCUUCGGCGCCGGCCCCGUCGGCCUCAUGGCGGCCUACUCCGCCAUCAUCCGCGGCGCGGCUCUCGUCUACGUCGUCGACCACGUUCCCCAGCGCCUGGCCAAAGCCGCCGGGAUCGGCGCGGUCCCCAUCAACUUCACGCGGGGCGGCACCGCGUCGGAGCAGAUCCUGGCCCUGCACCCGGGCGGCGUGAACCGUUGCGUCGACUGCUGCGGGCAGAUGGCGGCGGUCGACGCCGAGCUGAAGCCGCAGCAGGACUACGUCCUCCGCGAGGCCGUCAAGGUCACUUCCUUCGGAGGUGGCAUCGGGGUUCCGGGGCUGUACGGGGCGAUGGAGAGGAGUGAAGGGGCUCCCAAUGCGGAUCAGAUGAAGAAGGAGCUCAGCUUUCCUUUCGCUGAUGCGUGGUUCAAGUCUGUGACUAUCAAGUUCGGCAUUGUUGAGCUCCUGGAGACGGUGCCGGCGCUGGUGAGGCUCAUUGAGAGUGGAAGGGCCAGGCCCGGCUUUCUCGUGACGAGCGAAGUCGAUCUUGACGAGGCUCCCAAGGCUUACAAGCGGUUUGACAAGAAGCUUGAGACCAAGGUAUUGUUCCGUGGGCCUGGAAAGGAAGGCAGGGAGGACUUCGUGUGGGAAGCUGACCAGCACACCAACGGAGUCGCUGCGCCUGGAGUUGAUCAUAGGCUUGGUGGAAGGCCCAAGAGGGUCAGACUUCACUAA